CUGCUAGGGCCGUUGACCCGCGGCUUUCUCAAGCUUCCGGUUCCGGUUCACUUUCUCUGUUUCCGGGUUAGAGUGUGAGAUCUUUCAGCUGUUGCGGACGGUUAGAGCGGGAGAGGCCGGGAGCCGCUGCCGCCCUGGGAGGGAUUCACCCCCAGCAGGCCUUCAAUGAAAGUGUGAGUCGUAUUGGCUGUUUCAUAGCUGUGGAUGAUCAGUAACACGUCUCUGGUCUUUAUAAACCAUGGCGUAUCAACUGUAUAGAAACACCACAUUGGGCAACAGCCUUCAGGAGAGCUUGGAUGAGCUCAUACAGUCUCAGCAGAUCACCCCUCAACUUGCCCUUCAAGUGCUACUUCAGUUUGACAAGGCUAUAAAUUCAGCAUUGGCACAACGGGUCAGGAACAGAGUCAAUUUCAGGGGCUCUCUGAAUACAUACAGAUUCUGUGAUAAUGUGUGGACUUUUGUACUGAAUGAUGUUGAAUUUCGAGAGGUAACGGAACUCGUGAAAGUGGAUAAAGUGAAAAUUGUUGCAUGUGACGGAAAAAAUACUGGUUCCAAUACUGCAGAAUGAAUAGAAAUGUUUUUUGUGCAACAUUUUCUGUUAAUAUGCAGCACUUUCUGGAGAGGAGCAUGGAAAAGGACUGUUCAUAAUUUAUUCUAGUGAUGCAGACAUGAGUUAAUCCAUGCUAGAAUGCAUCUCAGAAAGGCAGUGAAAAGAAAUAUCUUUCUGUAGCAUUACUUCAAUUCACCUAAAAGGGCAUGAAGAAAACAAUGUUACUUUUUUAAAUGACAAAACAAAUAUUGUUGCCUUUUUUUUGUUCAAAGUAAUUUCUCUAAUAAACUUUUAUUUAAAAUUUU